GAUCAUUCGAAAAGUUUCGGAGAGGAGAAGAUACAACGAUGGAAGGGAGCUUUGACUUUAGUAGGAAAUCUCUCCGGUUUAAUUUACGGAACUGUGUGGCGUUUCAGCGAUUGCAUAUUCUUGUUGCUGAGAUUUCGAAGAGCACAGAGUUGAUUUAUUAAGGGAGAUGGAGAUGGAGAAUGGCGUUGUUUUCCCUCAUAGGCUCAAGUUCAACGUCUUUCUCAGCUUCCGAGGCCUAGACACGCGCAAAAACUUCUGUGAGCGUCUCUAUGUCGCGCUCAACGGGAAGGAAAACGUCCGAGUCUUCCGUGACAACGAGGGUAUGCAACGAGGCGAUGAGAUCGGUCCAAGUCUCGACUUAGCUAUAGAGGACUCAGCAGCUUCCAUCAUCAUCUUAUCCACUAACUACGCUAACUCUUCCUGGUGCUUAGAUGAAUUAGCUUUGCUCUGCGAUCUUAGUGCAUCUCUGAAACGUCCGAUGAUUCCCAUCUUUUAUGGAGUCAAUCCCUCUCACGUCCGCAAACAGAGCGGUCAUUUCGAGAAGCAUCUUGAAGAACACGCCAUUGAAUUUGACGAGGAGAAGAUACAGCGAUGGAGGCGAGCUAUGUAUUUAGUCGGAAAUAUCCCUGGAUUUGUCUGCACAGAAGAUACUGUUGAAGAUGACAUGAUAGGGCUGGUGGUGAAAAGGGUUUUAGCUGAAGUGAGGAAUACACCAGAGAGAGUGGCAGACUACACUGUUGGGCUGGAAUCAUCUGUUGGGGAUUUGAUGCAGCUGCUCAAAUUUGAAUCCUCUUCUCGUGUUCAAAUCUUGGGACUUUACGGUAUGGGUGGUGUUGGCAAGACGACCCUUGCUAAAUACUUCUAUAACAAGAUCAUUGUUGAUUUCGAGCAUCGAGUAAUCAUCUAUAACGUUAGAGAAAAAUCAUCAACCCAAGGUGGCUUAGACGAUCUGAAAGGAACUUUCGUUCGUAAACUUUUCCAAGGAGAGAAUGCUCGUGGGAAGAAGAUUCUUGCGGUUUUAGAUGAUGUUGAUAACAUCGAACAGGUUAAUGCACUGAUUGGUGAAAUAAGCUUGUAUGAUAAAGGAAGUCUUAUAGUCAUCACUACCAGAGAUGAGGAGAUUCUGAGUAGGCUCUCAGUGAACCUACGAUAUGAGGUCAAGUGCUUGACUGAGAUGGAGGCAUUGAAGUUGUUUAGUUAUUACUCGCUACGAAAAGAGAAACCACCAUCAGAGAGUCUGUUGGAGUUGUCCAAGAAGAGUGUUGAGUUAACAGGACUGUUGCCACUGGCUGUUAAAGUUUUUGGUUCUCAUUUGUAUGACAAGGACGAAAACGAAUGGCGAGUUCAAAUAGAGAAGCUGAAAAAUAUCCAACCAGACAAACUUCAUGGUGUUCUGGCGCUGAGUUUCGAAUCUUUAGACGAUGAAGAAAAAAAAGUAUUCCUCGAUAUAGCGUGUCUCUUUCUCAGAACGAAGAUAACAAAAGAUGAAGUUGUUGACAUACUGAACGGAUGUGGGUUUCACGCUGAGGUUGCCCUCAGUGUCCUCAGACAGAAGUCUCUCAUUAAGAUUAGAGACAAUAAUCUUUGGAUGCAUGAUCAGAUUAGAGACAUGGGUAGGCAAAUGGUCCUUAGAGAAAGCAGAGAGGAUCCUGGAAUGCGAAGUAGACUCUGGGAUCAUGGUGAAAUUAUGACCGUAUUGAACAAUAUGAAGGGUACGCCAUCCAUCCGAGGAAUUGUAUGCGACUUUGAAAAGAAGUCUACCGAUGAGAUUGCUUCGAGGAUUCUACACAACAAUCCCGCAGAGGAAAAGCCAAAAUGUUAUGAAAGCACCAUCCCGGUAGAGCCUUUUGUACCAAUGACGAAGUUGAGACUUCUUCAGAUUAAUCAUGUGAACCUGGAAGGAAAUCUAAAACUCCUCCCAUCUGAACUCAAGUGGAUACAGUGGAAAGGUUGUCCGUUAGAAGAUCUCCCUCUAAAUGUUCUUGCUGGGCAACUUGCUGUUCUUGAUCUUUCAGAGAGUGGAAUAAGACGAGUCCAGAGUUUGUCUAGCAAAGAGGUUGAUAAGAACUUGAAGGUUAUAAAUUUGCGUGGUUGCCACAGCUUAGAAGCCAUUCCUGAUUUAUCAAACCAUAAAGCCCUAGAGAAGCUUGUUCUCGAGCGAUGCAAACUUCUGGUGAAGGUUCCUAGCUCUAUUGGCAAUAUAAGAUCAUUGGUUCACUUGGACUUCAAGAACUGUUCAAAUCUCUCUGACUUUCGUGUGGAUGUUUCUGGACUGAAGCUUCUCGAAAAACUUACCCUCUCUGGCUGUUCAAACCUGAGUGUGUUGCCAGAACGCAUUGGUUUCUUGCCGUGUUUGAAAAAGCUUCUUCUUGAUGGAACUGCAAUAAAGAAGUUACCAGAAUCCAUUUACCGCCUCGAAAAUCUUGAAAAGCUUAGUCUAAAGAGCUGCAGAUCUAUUAAAGAGCUACCUUUGUGCAUAGGAACAUUGACAUCACUGGAGAAGCUAUAUCUUGAUUUUACUGCACUGCAAAAUCUUCCGCCUUCUAUCGUAAAGCUAAAAAAUCUCCAGAAGCUGCAUUUGAGGUGUUGCAAAUCCCUUUUUGAGAUUCCUGGCACUAUCAAUAAGCUCAUAUCACUGAAGGAAUUAGUCAUCAACAGAAGCGGGGUAAAAACUGUAUCUCUAGAAUCAGGCUCACUGCAACGUUUGACUGACUUUUCAGCAGGAGAUUGCACACAUCUAAAAGAGGUUCCUAGUUCUAUUGGUGGAUUAAAUUCUCUUCUCCAGUUGAAUUUAGAUAAGACCGCAAUUACUACUCUACCAGAAAGAAUUGGUGACUUGCAAUUUAUCCUCAAACUUGAGUUGAGGAACUGCGAAUUUCUGAAAGUCCUGCCUAAGUCAAUCGGAGCUAUGGAUACACUCUGUAAGUUAUACCUUGAAGGCUCUAACAUUGAGGAACUACCGGAAGAUUUUGGCAAUCUGGAAAACCUGGUCUUACUCCAAAUGAACAAGUGUAAAAUGCUAAAGAAGCUUCCUGACUCAUUUGGAAACUUGAAAUCUCUUUACCAUCUAUACAUGGAGGAAACUUUGGUCAUGGAGUUGCCAGAAAGUUUCGGUAACCUCUCAAAGUUAAGGGUAUUGAAAAUGCUGAAGAAGCCUCUCUUUAGAAGUACUGGGAGUUAUCCUCCAGGUACAAGCGAAGACACUCAUUUUGUAGAAUUACCAAACUCUUUCGCAAACCUCAAGUUGUUCGAGGAACUUGAUGCUCGCGGUAGGGGAAUAUCGGGUAAAAUCCAAGAUGGUCUUGAGAAGCUUUCGUCUCUAAAGACACUGAACCUGGGGAAUAAUUGUUUUCAUAGUCUCCCUUGUAGUCUCAAGAGGUUAUCAAAUCUCAGAGAACUCUCAUUGUAUGACUGCCGAGAGCUCACAUGUCUUCCCCCUCUUCCAUGUCAACUGGAGCAGCUAAACCUAGCAAACUGCUUUUCGUUGGAGAGUAUAUCCGACCUUUCAGAGCUCAGUAUCUUGCACGACCUCAAUCUCACAAACUGUGUGAAACUGGAUGAUGUUCCAGGCCUAGAGAAGUUGACGGGUCUGAAACGAUUAUACUUAAGCGGCUGUAACUCCUGCUCCCUUGCAGUAAAGCAAAGUCUCUCCAAGGUAUCUUUGAAAAUGCUGCGGAAUCUGAGUUUGCCUGGAAACAGGAUCCCGGGCUGGUUCUCACAAGGCCCUCUCACGUUCUCAGUUCAACCGAACAGAGAGCUCAGAGGUGUAAUCGUUGCUGUUGUUGUGGCUCUUAACCUUGAAAAUGAAGAUAACUACCAGCUGCCUGAUGUGGUGGAUGUUCAAGUUCAAAUUCUCAAUCUCGACCUAGCCUUAUACACCCACACAUUGCACCUCUCUGGAGUGCCUAUAACAAGUAAUGAUCAACUCCACAUCUGCCGUUACUCAGCUUCGCACGCAAUGGUUAAGGCGUUAAAAGACGGUUAUACCAUACAGGUGAUCAAAAGACAACCGCCAUUCAAACAAGGCGUCGAGCUAAAGAUGCGUGGGAUUUAUCUAAUUUACGAGGGGGAUGAUGAUAUUACAGGCGAUGAAGAUUUCUUAACUGAGUCACAGCUAACAAUUUCUCAGAAACUUGCCAAUUUUUUCAGCUCUUGACUAGCUAAGAAAAUGAAUCUACUGUUACAUGAUUUGCUACCACGGAGAUGUUAAGAAACUGCACAGAGUCAGUCUUAUCAUACUAACUGCUGGCUGUUGCUCAUAUAAGAGUGUUUUGGCUCU